AAGAAUCAUACUCCGUGAGCGGGAGGAUGUCUGGUACGGCCAAACCGUCGUCUGCGUCCGUCCGGCGGUCCUGGAGUGUUUCUGACAUGUCGGGAGAAACUGUCGGACGGUUUUAUGUCAGAGAAAACCGGAUAAAUUUCUUGUAAAGUGGAGAAGUCAGCGGUCUACAACAUAACGUUUCAUCCUGACAUCACCGAUGGUCAGGGGUGGGUAGAAUGAUGCGUUUCUCCCAGUUUUCUCUGCUUUUUCUGCGAAAAAUCCUGCACGUAGAAUCCGGAGGACAAGUCAGAUCGUUAGCGGCGUCUGUCAGGGGCAAAAUCGGGCUAAAACACCCCCUAAUCGCCGCCUUCUCACCUGAACUAUUUUACAAUCAAAAAAUUUUUAUUCCACCUCUGGACAAAAUUUCGUGCAGUGCGCCUGCGCGAACCAGAUUUUACCCAGCCUGCCUUGCGUGGUGUUCUCGUUUCCAGAGUUUUAACUCUCGUUUCCAGGAAGUUUCCGUCAUCUCGUUUCCAGUGUUUUCUGUUGUUUUUUUCUCCGACUCGUUCCCAGGUGGGCGGGGCCGUCUUGGCGAGUUUCUUAGCGAUGGCCAAGGUUAAAGAUGACGUCUUGCUGUUCGCCCAUCCCUCCAUGGAGGCGCUAGCGGACGACGUAGCUGAAAAAUGUCGUCAGCUGGUCCAAACUGGGACCGAGAGGCAGACCCAGGUGCAGUCGGUGCAGGUGAAGCGGACGAUCAUCUGGGGCAAAUUUCCUGAUGACUUCCCGAACCUGUUCAUCGACAACGUGAAGGAGUGUGUCAGCAGGGAUGUUGUGUUCCUGGCCAGUUUUCACUCUCCUGACGUCAUCUUUGAACAGCUGUCCAUCCUGUAUGCAGUUCCCAAGUACCUGGCGCGCUCGUUCACGGUGAUCCUGCCGUACUUCCCCACCGGAACCAUGGAACGGGUCGACACAGAGGGCCAGAUCGCAACCGCAAAGACGUUAGCGACCUUGCUGUCAGCGAUCCCCCUUACGGCCAGAGGACCCACCAAGGUCGUCAUCUACGACAUCCACUCCCUGCCGCUCAGGUUCUACUUCUCCGACAACAUCAUCCCCAGACUAGAGAGUGCGAUCCCACUGAUCCAGCGAGAGCUUCUACAACUCCCAGACCAGUCCAAGAUUGCAGUAGCCUUCCCAGAUGAGGGAGCCUGGAAGAGGUUCCACCUGCAGUUUGAGGACAGGUUUCCGCUCAUCACCUGCACCAAGGUGCGGGAGGAAGACACGAGACAGGUGACGGUCAAGGAAGGUAAGCGGCGGGUCACCAUCAAGGAAGGAGACCCAAAAGGCCGCCAUGUCGUUAUUGUGGAUGACCUUGUCAUGACAGGAGGGACACUGAAGGAGUGUGCCAAGGUGCUGUUAUCCCAUGGAGCAGAGAAGAUCAGUGCGUACGUGACCCACCCGGUCUUCCCACACGACUCCUGGAAGCUCUUCACCCAAUCAGACGUCGCCUUCCAGAACUUCUGGAUAACCGACUCUGUCCCACAUGCGCGCCAAAUCGCCCAACAUCCGCCCUUCAAACUCCUUCCCCUGGCCGACGUCAUCUCAGAGGGACUGCUGGGUCUCAGCUUCGUGUCGCACUAAGGAACUGACGUUUGUGUCUUUAAGACAUGUGCUAAGAUGAAACUGUUUCUGCUGAUGUCUUUUUCUUAGGCUACAAGAAUUUGAUUUCUUGAUUUUCGGGAUAUUGGACAACUUAGUAACUAUUAUAAAAGCAUGGGCUAGGAGAGAAAUGUUAGCCUGGGUACCAUCCUGGUUAGUGCGGGAGCAACUGUGGGAGAGGACGAAAACUAACCUGGUACCCAGGCUAGAAAAACGUGGCAGGAAGACAGAAACAAAGACCACAGGCUCUGCUGUCACAUUGUUCGUCUUGUUCUAGCAAACCAAAAAAAAAUAGAUAAAUAAACUAGGGUAGCUUAUAAAGACAAAUAUUGUUUUGCUCCAUCUUGCCAUUUUGUUGUAAUGGCAAUUUUGCAAGUUGAUUUUAUAUGAAAGACAUCUCUGUGAAGAAAUAGAGAUAUUGAUAUGUAGCAAGUUCAAUGCAGUAUAACCAGCCAGUGUGCCUAGUACAGUCUGGUCUAGAAUACUGGGUCCUGCAAAUGCUGGAUACCUGUAAAAGUUUAUAUAGUCUCCACCAGACUCCUAUGCUGGCUGAAUGAAUAGUAGAAAUCAGCCUAAAACGGGAUAUAAU